GAUUGAUGACACCAUCCGACGGCUCGAUGAUCAUUUGGCGGAUGUUUAUCAUGAGGUGGACUGCACGCGGAUUGCCCUGGACCCGCGGUUCAAGAACAUGGAGGGUUCCAUUGGCGCUGUGUACUACAACUUUCCUCAUGCUGGAGCUGCUUGGGUGGAUCUUCAGCCCGGUCAAGGGCAUGUCACUGGCUUUUAUGACAGCCAUCCCAUCGUGAACUGGCGCCAUGAAAACCUCAUGCGCUUGUUCUUCCGGAAUCUCCGAUACUUUGUGAAGCCCCGCGGUCUCGUCAAAAUCGCUUCCAACAUGGGCGCGGUGGGCGUGCGCUUCUCAUACAUCAUGGGAUCAGCUGAGCAGAAUGAAUUCCAGCACGUGGAAACCUUGCCCUUCUUGGAAUGGUCGCUGCACCGCUAUGGCCGCGCCUACGGCGAUCGCCGCGACAAGAAGAAGCGGCCAGGGGAUGGUCAAGGCUACAAUGCGCAGAAGGCGGAGUCCGACAUGGUCUACACCUUCGAGUAUCGACCCUCUGGGAAAGAGCUGCCGCCCCAGGAGAUCAAGCUACCACCGACCUUCCAAACGAUCAUGGGUUGCAACGACGGGCCUUUCAAGAACUUGGACCACAAUUCCAGUGUGGCAUUGGCCAGGCAGCUCCACGAACGAUUCAUCAAAGAGGUCUCUGGAACUCAUGUGGGUUAGUUUGUUUGCCUGUGCCGAUGCUGCGCAAAAUGUACGGAAGAUUUGUUUGCCAGGCAAAAAGAGGACAAACAAAUAUGGUUGAUUGAUCA